CAUAUCAACUUAUAUCCACUGAUCCAUUUUAAAAUCUCCUAAUUGCCUGAUUAACGACAAUUAUGUAGAAUAUAAUUAAUAAUUAUUACCCAUUAAUCAUUAAUCGUAAUUUUAACAUUUGUAAUUUAGAGCGGAAAACUCUAAUCUCAACUAAAAACAAGUUAAUCGAUCAGUAAGAUGUCUCAAUUCAUCGACCAAACACUCAUCAUUUUCAGAUUCAUUAAUCUCAGAGCUCUCUCUUCCUCCAGAUCCAUCAGUAUUGUGUAAAAUCGUUCUCUCUUUAUCAUUUUUUCUUCGCUCUCUUUGAUUGUUGAGAACAAAUAUAGAAGAGAUGCAAAGUCGGGGAUCGAGUAACCGGUUAUCGAAUUCGGCCUUUGAGUCUCGAGUCGCAGGUCUUAUGCUAGCCAUGUUCGCUUCCAUGGCUUCUAUUUACGUUGCCAGCCGUUUGUGGCAAGAUGCAGAGAGUAGGGAGUAUUUGGUAAAAGAGCUUGAUAAGAGAUUUCGUCAGAAUCAAUCUGCCAUAUCUGUUGAUGAUACACUGAGAAUUAUAACUUGCAGGGAACAACGCAAAAAGUUAUCAGCCCUUGAGACGCAGUUGGCUGAAGCUAGAAAGGAAGGUUUUGUUUCAAAUCAGUUAUUGAAGAAGAAGGAUACAGAUCCUAAGAAAGGGCUUUUGGCUGUUCUAGGAAUAAUCACAACAUUUGGCCGCAAGAAAAAUAGAGAUGCAAUUCGAAAGGCAUGGAUGCCAACUGGUGCAACUUUAAAAAAACUGGAGGAUGAAAAGGGUAUACUCGUGCGAUUUGUUGUAGGAAGAAGUGCAAAUCGUGGAAACAAUUUGGACAGGGAGAUUGACGAUGAAAAUAGGCAGAACAACGACUUCAUUCUUCUGGAUGGUCACGUGGAGACUCCUGAGAUGCGUCCAAGAAAGAUAAAAUCUUUCUUUGUGCGUGCUGUGGAGAAUUGGGAUGCUGAGUUUUAUGCUAAGGUCAACGAUGAUGUUUAUGUUAAUAUUGAUGCUCUGGGAACCAUGCUUUCUCUGCAUUUGGGCAAACCUCGUGUUUAUAUUGGAUGCAUGAAAUCAGGCGAAGUAUUUUCUGAGCCGACCAACCAAUGGUAUGAGCCAGACUGGUGGAAAUUUGGUGAUGGAAAACGAUACUUUCGACAUGCUGCGAGUGACAUGUUUGCCUUUUCACGAGCUUUGGGACAGUUUGUUUCAAUUAACAGAUCUCUUCUUCGAACAUAUGCACAUGAUGAUAUUAGUGCUGGAUCAUGGUUUAUUGGGCUUGAUGUGUCAUACGUUAAUGCAUGGAAGUUUUGCUGCUACAACCGGUCAUCAGGAGCUGUAUGUGCAGCUGUGUGAUCUGCCUCCCAAUUAAUUUGUAACAUAACUGGUAUAUUUACCAACACCAUUCUUUUGUCCGUUAUCUUGAAUGCCUGUUUGCAAUGAAAUGAUGAAGAAUACAGCAUCGACACUUGCUGGAAGUUUAUUCCAGAUUGAAGCUUCUAUUGUUGAUUUAAGAGAAUUUGGUGAGAACAAUACCCAUACACUAUAGGAUUCUGCGGAAAGCUCUGGAAGCAGGUAAUAUAGAUGCAAUCUGUCAUAAAGUUUGAAAGAAUCCACACUAGUUGUAUUAUAAUGGCUUUGUAUACCAACUUGAUUCUCAAUAAAUUUAUUGAAGAGUUUUGUUUGCUUGGUGA